GGAGCCCUGCUCUGUCACCCAGGCUGGAGUGCAGUGGCACCAUCUUGGCUCACUGCAACCUCCGCCCCCUGGGUUCAAGCCAUUCUCCUGCCUCAGCCUCCUGAGUAGCUGGGAUUACAGACGCGCACCAUCACACUCGGCUAAUUUUUGGAUUUUUAGUAGAGACUGGGUUUCACCAUGUUGGCCAGGCUGGUCUCGAACUCCUGAUCUCAGGUGAUCCGCCCGCCUCGGCCUUCUAAAGUGCUAGGAUUACAGGCGUGAGCCACCACACCCGGCCUAAUUUUUUUUGGUUUUCCAAUAAGCACUGUGGUGUAUGUGCUGUUAACUGACUCCGGUGGACUCCGCAAGCUCGAUGUACACAGUGCUGGGCUGGUGCCAUGGCUGCUACUCUAUGAAAAGUUUUUGACAUCACACUGAAUGGCUGAGACACUAUAAACAUUUUACUUUUCAACUCAACCUCGUGUCCUAGCAAAGAUGCUUAUCUAGUUUCUGUAGCUGUUCGAAUGAAAGGCACAAAUUUGGUGAGCUGCUGAGAAUGGAGCAGACCUGGCACUGGGUGUGAUCUAAGAGACUGGGGUGAACAGAUGAAUCAAGUUGCCUGUGACAUUUGUGAGACACGGUGCUAGUAUUCACCUUACUGUCUGGAGGGCCCAACCUCAAAGCCACUAAACAUAUGACAUUAGCCAAGUCCUCUGAUCUCUCUAGACAGCAGUUUUCUCCUAAGACAAGACGGCUUUUUGGCUUGGCUGAAGUAAGCCAGGUGAUUUUAAACAAUGCAUUAAGCUCUUCUGAAAUCUAACAGCCUUGUUCCAUGCUCCUCGCUAUAGAGAAGAGAGCGCUGAGGGAAAGAGGCCCUGUAGUCUUUUGCCAAUGGUGUCGGAUGGGCUGCUCAGUCCCAGCACUUGAAAGUUGCAAACCUAGUCAAGAAAGUGCACACAGUACUUCGGCUUUUUAUGAGAUAUAAUUACAUUGACAUGACGCCUUAUGAUUUACCCAUGACUCGGGGGGUUUCCAAACUCCAAACACCUCCAGACUGGAGCCCAUCAAUCAGCUUCCUCUUGCUUUUCGUGGACUCCCACUGUGGAAACCUGCUGGUGUUUUGCUGCGGUUUCAUUUCCCUCUGCGGAGGAGCCAGGGCAACCUUGCAGACAGGCACCUAGCUGUGCCCUUCUUUCCAGGGCCUCUUCUCCACUCAGCUGACUCCCCUGGCCUGCCUAACGCUCCUGACUGAGACGGUUUACCGGCUUCCUCUAACAGGUUGGCGGGAAGUUGAUCUGCAAACGCGAGGCAAAGCAGGAGUGUCCUUAUUCGGUAGGCCUCUGAUGGGCCACCAGAGCCGUCCGAAAGUCCUAGCGGAGUGAUUGACAGUGGCCAUUUCAAAGCCUGAGUUCACCUUCUUUGCAACCACAAUCACGACCCAGAAUAAACUGCUUCCUGGAAGCCGGCUAGUUGCACCUGGCCUGAAGUCAGUCUCGGGACUGCCUCUCAGGACCCCAGACAGGGUUUCGGGUUCCCGCCUGGGUCACGUGUACGGAGGCUGCCAGUGCGCACUCAGCCCGGCCCGCCGGUCGCCACAGCAACACCAAUCCCGGGUUCACGCCCGCCUAGGAAGUGCGGUCCCCGCCUGACCGCCCCGGGUUUAAGGGAGCCUGGCUAGGCCGGCAGCCGGAGGGUCCCGCAGCUCGGGGCCGGCCAUGCUUCGCGGUCCGUGGUGCCAGCUUUGGCUCUUUCUCCUGCUGCUGCUCCCGGGCGCGCCUGAGCCCCGCGGCGCCUCCAGGCCGUGGGAGGGAACCGACCAGCCGGGCUCGGCCUGGGCCUGGCCGGGCUUCCAGCGCCUGCAGGAGCAGCUCAGGGCGGCGGGUGCCCUCUCCAAGCGGUACUGGACGCUCUUCAGCUGCCAGGUGUGGCCCGACGACUGUGACGAGGACGAGGAGGCAGCCACGGGGCCCCUGGGCUGGCGCCUUCCUCUGUUGGGCCAGCGGUACCUGGAUCUCCUGACCACGUGGUACUGCAGCUUCAAAGACUGCUGCCCUAGAGGGGAUUGCAGAAUCUCCAACAACUUUACAGGCUUAGAGUGGGACCUGAAUGUGCGGCUGCAUGGCCAGCAUUUGGUCCAGCAGCUGGUCCUAAGAACAGUGAGGGGCUACUUAGAGACGCCCCAGCCAGAAAAGGCCCUUGCUCUGUCGUUCCACGGCUGGUCUGGCACAGGCAAGAACUUCGUGGCACGGAUGCUGGUGGAGAACCUGUAUCGGGACGGGCUGAUGAGUGACUGUGUCAGGAUGUUCAUCGCCACGUUCCACUUUCCUCACCCCAAAUAUGUGGACUUGUACAAGGAGCAGCUGAUGAGCCAGAUCCGGGAGACGCAGCAGCUCUGCCACCAGACCCUGUUCAUCUUCGAUGAAGCGGAGAAGCUGCACCCAGGGCUGCUGGAGGUCCUUGGGCCACACUUAGAACGCCGGGCCCCUGAGGGCCACAGGGCUGAGUCUCCAUGGACUAUCUUUCUGUUUCUCAGUAAUCUCAGGGGCGAUAUAAUCAAUGAGGUGGUCCUAAAGUUGAUCAAGGCUGGAUGGUCCCGGGAAGAAAUUACGAUGGAACACCUGGAGCCCCACCUCCAGGCGGAGAUUGUGGAGACCAUAGACAAUGGCUUUGGCCACAGCCGUCUUGUGAAGGAAAACCUGAUUGACUACUUCAUCCCCUUCCUGCCUUUGGAGUACCGUCACGUGAGGCUGUGUGCACGGGAUGCCUUCCUGAGCCAGGAGCUCCUGUAUAAAGAAGAGACACUGGAUGAAAUAGCCCAGAUGAUGGUGUAUGUCCCCAAGGAGGAACAACUCUUUUCUUCCCAGGGCUGCAAGUCUAUUUCCCAGAGGAUUAACUACUUCCUGUCAUGAAGGCUAGAGGAAGACUUCCUGGAACUGCCUUUCUUCCACUAACAGGACCCUGGGACCUGUAGGAGCACCCCGUUUGGGACUGUGAGGUGUUUGAGGGGGUGUGGACUGGCAUCCAGCAGCCACUAACACACAACUGGUGUGUAAAAGGCAGGCCUUACAUUAGAAGCCGAGCCAAUCCUUUUUCUUGCUUUUUUUGGAGGUCCCACCGAGAUGAUAGAUAGGAACUUGGAUUGCUGAAUUCAAAAACAGAGCCCAUUCUUAAGAUCACUUGGUGCCUUAAAGACACGCAUUCCAAAGUGAAAUGUGGUUGAAGAAAGUGGGCCGGUGGUUGAAGAAAGCCAUGUGGGAGCUCAGCAAAUCCCAAGGGCUUAUUAUGACACUCCACAUGGUCUCCUUAGCAUCUCAGCUCUUCUGCAAGGAAGAGCUUGGGUGUUUGUUAGGCCUCAGAGGCUGUAGGGUCCUUGGGUUACAGAGCCGGGGAGAACGAAGUUCUGUGACCCAGGGGUGGAGAAUACACUCUAGGUUUGCGGGCUGGUGGGCUUUCAAAUUGGAACUUCCAGAGGAAAGCCAAGCUGCUUCUGUCGUGAGCGAAUCAGCCAAGAGCCUGAGGCUGAAGGGAAAAGUACACAGAGGAAGAUAUUUUACAAAUCAGGUCAGUGUAGGCCAAGACUUAUGGUCUACAGAUUUUGGUGGGGGAGGGGGGACCUUUUCAAAGACAAUAGGGGGUCUUGACAUGUUUGUUGUAUGUAAAGAUGAUAAGAUUAAAAUUUUUGAUUUUUCUAAAA